CUACACGAGAUUUCGUUUCGGUCUCGCGAGACUUCCGCACGAUCUCGCCGGUGGCUUAGUCAACAACUGAAUGUUUAUUUCUGGAACACGUAACAUUUUUUUAGGUGUAUACUUACUUUGAAUCGCUUCGGCAUUUUGGUGAUUGUUUGUUUGCUUUUUCUCCCCUGCACAGACACUAAUUAUGGCAGAGACUGAUCCGAAAUCAGUACAGGAUCUUACAGCAGUGGUGCAGACGUUGCUGCAGCAGAUGCAGGACAAAUUCCAGACCAUGUCAGAUCAAAUCAUCGGGAGAAUUGAUGAGAUGAGUACGCGCAUUGAUGACCUGGAGAAGAACAUCGCUGACCUGAUGACCCAGGCUGGCGUGGAGGAGGCGGAAGGAGAGAACAAGGCCAAAGAACCUGAGGCCUCUUAAUGAAGGUUGCCCAGUAACGAUGGAGUAAAGGAAACUUUUCGAGAGCAGCAACCUUCCCCCGUAGUGCUGCCUGCUUUGAUUUGAUGUAUUGUUGUAUAGUUCUUUUUAUACUGACUUCAACUAACACCGAUGGAUAUUCCUGAUAGUGUUCUAUAAUAUUUAGGGUUUUCAUUAUGGAUAGUGCAUAUCAUUUUUUUAGGCCUCUUUAACACCAGCCAGCUGCAUGGCUGAGGCCUGUUACUGUAAUAUGAGCACUAGCUAUGUGCCGAACAAACACCAUUCCAGUUUCAACUGAGUUUGUGCUAUUAAAAUGGUUUCAUACAAAACA